CAUGCUGCAGAAACCGGGAUAAGCUCCGGCCUGGUGGUCCACUUGGCUCGUAUGCAGACUUACCUUUUACCUUUACAGGUGGGAGGUAGAUAGGUGUAAAGGAAGAAGGUUUUACGAUCACAAGAUAGAAUUUUGGCUACACAAUUAAUAUAUAUACGUCUUGGUUUGUGAAAAUAGUGUUAAAGAAAUUACUGGCGCUACUCAAGCGUUUUUUUGUUGCCAGGGAAAGUAUAAUAUACAAAAUUCGAAGUAAUGUCAACCUUUUUGUCCUCCACUCUCGUAUGUCUCUUUCAAUUGGCGGUCUUCUUUUUUUCAUCGCCUGGAGUACUGUUUUGGGGCCUUUAGGAGUCGUGCCGUGAAUCAAAGUUUGUAGUAGUUCAUAUGGGUGCAAUCGGCAAAGGAACGUAUUUUUCGCCAAAACAUGAUUUUCAUAAAUCCAGUUAUACAUAGAAUUGAAAUAAUAGCAGGACCUUGAAAAGUCUAACAUUUAACUGCAACCAAUAGAUCUAGAGUUGUUAUUCGUAGCUGAGCGGGUAGAUAAAAACAUUUUUAGGCAGGUCUGUGGGUUAGAGCACAAUAAUAAAGAGUUGUUUGAGGUAUUUCAUUAGUUUUAAGACGUGGCGCACCUUCGGGUCUUUCAGACGACCAUUUUAGGACAAAAAUAAACCUAUCAUGGCUAAUUAUAAAUUUAGGUUGUUUGGACAGAAUGUCUAAUUAUAACUUCCUUGAAUAUAAGUCAUACGAAUAGAGAGAUUAACUGAAAGUGAUUUCUUUCUGUAACGUCAAGAACCCAUUAACCCCUCAGCUUUAGUUGUCCUUUGUAGGCCCGAAAAUAGACUUUAUCAGGGUUCUUCAUUAUCAUUAGCAGUCCUAGGAGACUUCAAUAGGCCUGCUUAGAGUCUGUUUACUAUGAAAACAGAAUUCCAAUACAUGAAGAAGCGCGUUAAUAAUGCUUGAUUAAGUAAACAGAAAUUCGCGAAAGAUAAAGAGAAGAAGAAGAUUUUCCGAUAAGCGUUGUGAACCGCCAAGAUGCAGCUGGUGCAUACAGUCGAUACGAUUUUAUGAGCAAGUGAUAAAAUCUACAAACGGUUAUCUUCAAAUAAGUUACUUUUGCUCAAUAUUUCCUUGCGAACAUGUCAAUAAGAUCUACGAACCAGUGAAAACUUUGCGAGAAGCGGCAGCCUUUGUCAACAAGUGGGAGUGAAAUUGAGAUAAAGGGCCGCAGCGCAGAGCCACAGUGCAUAUUUGAAGUUGUGCCAACCUUUUAAGAUCAAACACUCUUAAGAGUAAUACUUUCAAAACAGAGAUAAACUUGAAACUUGAAAGUUGAAAGGGAAUCUUUGAGCUAUUAUUUUCCAAUUAGCACCCCAAUAACACAAUGAUAUUUUUUUUGUAAAUUAAUCCCAGGUUUCUAGAAAAGUUCGCAUUUUUAUUAACAGCUCAGUCCGCUAAGGUGGAAUUAAAACAAUUUGCACCAGAAUUAAAUCACAUGAACAAAUAAAACAUUAAAAUAACGAUACCUGCAACUUUGUCGUCAUGUGCAAACUCACUUAUCAAAUAUUUGAAAAUAUUCUCUCAUGGCAAUAUUUAAUUUGGAGAGGUCAGAUGUAGCAGGCCUAAACGAUCAAGAUCGAUGAUGUUUGAAGUCAGACACGAAACUCAAAUUUUCACAUUUACACGUCUUAACGACGUUUUAAAACAUUUAUAAAGCACUGCAUCAUUCAAAAACCAGAUGAUUAUUUCGUCAUUGAGUUAUAAACAGUGAAAUAUUUUGAAUUUGGGACAAAGAGGUUUUUUUCUGCCAUGUGUUCUUGCGGUAUGCCCUUAUGGACCGCAGAUUUUCGUCCUCACAUCUCCUAAAAAUAUAGUUCUAACCUUUUGACAAGUUUUGUAUUACAUUACAACGGAACUUUAUCCUGCAAAAGAUCGUUUUGAUACAUCUUCGAGAAGGUGGCGAAACUCCGACCGGUGUUUCGCGGUCCAGCUAGCUCUCGAUAGACAAGGCCCCGCCAAAGCAACGUCUGCGAAGAAGGUUAUGGCAGCAAUGACAAGCCUCUUGUCAUCGACGUUGUUAUUCAUAGCAUGUCUGUCACAUAUGGUAAUUGCGCAGACUCCAAUGCCGGAAUGCAGUUCCUGCUGGUGUGAUAGCGCGGGCGAUUGUCCCGACCCGAAGGACUCGUGUCCCGCGGUGACAAAUUGCAAAACCGCUGUGGUGAAAGACAAGUGUGGCUGCUGUGAUGUGUGUCUCAAGUCGAUUGGGGAACCAUGCAGGAGAGAGCCCCUAGAGAGACAAGACGAAAAAUGUGAUGAGGGAUUGAUUUGUGUUCCUGGAGAUGAUGUUUGGUACUGCGACAGCAUGAAACCAGACAACGUUAAAGUGAAGAGAUGCGAAAAAGGUGGGAAAAAUAAAUGCUUUGACCUCGUCACAAGAAAAUCCUACCAAGUUGAUGAGAUUUGGAUACGAGGAGACUUCGCCUGUACAGCAUGCGUGUGCAGGAGAAGUGGUCGACUCAACUGCUGGGCAAUACAGUGUAAUGCUCCUGGUUGCAAGAAUCCUGCUCGUGUAGAAGGGAGAUGCUGUAGAUUUUGUUUGGACACUGGCUGGAAUAAAGUUUGCAAAUUCAAUGGAAAGAAGUUUUUCCAGAGUGAAAUCAUUGUCUUACAAGACCGUAAGUCGCUCUGCAAAUGUGAAGAAUCGGAAGGCUGGGUGUGUCAACAUGACAGCCAACAACAAAUGGAUCUAUUGAGUGAGACACCACAGUGCGCUGACCCACUGACAGGACAGGUGUACAAGGAGGGUGAGAUCUGGAGUCUCAGUGAAUGCGCUCACUGCUUGUGUGGAGAAUUCCAGACAGGCAAUUGCUCCGUGAUUCGCUGUUCCAAGCCACUGUGUGACGAUCCAUUUAAAAUCAAGGGAAAAUGCUGUCCAGUGUGCCCGCAAGAUUACGCUAGAGUUUGCCACUUUGAGGGAGUAAAGUACUUUCACGGAGAGUUUAUUGUUCUUCCGGACCGGUGUACCUUGUGUACUUGCAGCUACUCCAAGUGGCAGUGCUCAAGCAACAGAUGCAAGUUUACAAAGAUGAUCAAGGAGCCACUAAAGAUGAGACCUAAGUAAAAACUGACGGAUUGAAUAAAUGCGGAUCAAAGUUUACCUCCAGUCACAUAAGACUAGGAAACAGUCCACCAGCAAUGUUUGCAACAGCGCCUGAAGAAAUUAGACUUCAAAGACUCAUUUGCUGUGCAUCACGUUAGGAUAAAAUGUUAAUGUUGUUACAAUUUAUUAUGUUAAAUUUUACUGACCGUCUAAGGGUGGUCGGAUAAGACAUCAGAGACGUGUAAGGAGCUAAUAAUUUGGGACUUUAAUAUAUUAUAAAUACCACGCCUGACAAAAACGUGAGCUAAAAUGUAGAGUUCCUGGAGAGGCAAAACGAGCGGUAAAAGUAGUUAGUCUUCAGGCUUUCUGUGUUGCCCGCACAUUGCCGGUAUAUAGGUAACAAUUAGAAACGAUUAUUAUUUUAGAAACAUUGCAAAAAUAAAACAGAGAAUAUCUGUUCCAUUUCGCUCUGGACUAAACCGUCGACAGGCAAAAUAUAUCCUUUCAGUCAGUUAGUUAUAAGAUAUUACGUCAAGUGAAAUGAAUAACUUAAUUAUAAACUUAAUAUAUAAGUUAAUAAAUUAAAGUUACAGUAAAGAGCAGA